AUGUCUGUCCCUUACUGCGACUAUCUGACGAUGUACUUUUUCCUUGUUUCAAUUGGAAAGAGCAACCGAGAAAAGCUUCAGCACAUCCACCUUGACUUCUCGAAGACAACGUUUGUCCAGUACCCCGAGGAAGUUGGUAUUUACGGGAAUCUGCGCCUAAAUGCUGGUGCCAGUUUCGUUGGUGAUGCAGUCGAGCUGUUGGCUGCCUCGCACAACCUCCAGACCGUCAGUGUAUCAUUUGAUGCCACAUCUGUUAGCCAGAAGGACAAAUGGAUUUACUCAUCUGCAAGGCUGGUCUAUUUUUACACCUGUUCAAAGCUGGCUCGCAAAAUUUCCGCAAUCACGGGUAUCGAGCAAUUCAAAUGCUCGAGAACCUAUGAAGCCUGGGAGGAUGAGUAUGAUGCAGUGGCCGAACUUUGGUGUCAGGGAAUCAAGGACAUGAAGGCAAAAAUGGAGAGAACCAAUUGCGCAAGCUGA